UAAUGGUGAUCUGACAAUAAUUACAUCCAAUGCUGCAAAGAUAAUUGGCAAUGAAACACGUUUAAUUCUUGUAGAUGAUAAUCAUGAUGAUGGUUGCAAGAUCUUAUCAACUCCACACAAUCCAACAUUAUCACCACAUCCAACAUUACCACCACAGUUAGACAUAUCAUCAAUAACCAGAUCUUUAUAUUCCAAUUCUCCAGUAAUAUUCAUGAAUGGCUCUGCUAUUAGAGACAUCUUAAAUGAUGUUCCUCACAAUGAAUUUUGGAAUGGACAACACCUUAUUCUUGAUCAGGAUAAUGGAUGGCUUGUCGAAGAUGGUCAUAUGGAAUCACAAAAAUUUGAAGAAAUUAUUAACUAUUGCCAUUCUAAUAAUUCUGUAGAACUGCCAUUAGAAUUGAAAAACAUGCUUAAGGAGCUCAACUAUAUAGAAUUAUCAUCAAAUAAUCCACUAAUUAAGGAAAAUACAUCAUCUUCAGAAAGUUCUCUACUUUCAUUACAUAAAAUUGACCAAAGUUCACAUGGAAAACAGCCUGAUAUUUAUUUCCAUGAUGAUGUUUUAAAAAUUGAACCUGGUAAUGUGGAAAUAGCAAAAUAUAACACAGUAGAAGAUGCACUAAAGUACAAUCUUGAUACUAAUAAGAGUCUUAGAGAGAACAUAUAUGAAAUUCAUUAUGCUUAUGAUAAUCUUCCUAGUUCAUAUAAAUCAAAAAUUUUUGAAAUGGAUUUCACUUCUUUUGUGAUAUCUGUCAUCAAUUAUAUAUUUCCACGAAGAAACCUUACUGCAGACGCAGAUCCAUUAAAUGAUACACCUAAAAAAAAAUUUAUUUAUUACAACGAUCCUCGUGUCUUACCUCAUCUCAUUCCACCAAUCCCAAAAGCAAAA